AGCGCCGGGGCGGCUCCGCGGAGCCUGUGGCCGGGGAUGUUGUUCUCGCUGCGGGAGCUGGUGCAGUGGCUGGGCUUCGCGCCGUUCGAGCUGCUGCUGCAGGCGGCGGCGCUGCUGGCGACCUCGGGGCUGCUGGCGCUGAAGGCGGACGGCGCGGCGGCCGGGCUGAGCUGGUGGAGCGUCUUCGCGCCGCUCUUCGCCGCCGACGGGCUGAGCACCUACUUCACGGCCAUCGUGUCGGUGCGCCUCUUCCAGGACGGCGAGAAGCGACUGGCCGUGCUGCGCCUCUUCUGGAUCCUGACGCUGCUCAGCCUCAAGUUCGUCUUCGAGAUGCUGCUCUGCCAGAAGCUGGGCGAGCAGAGCCACGAGCCGCUCUGGUACGGGCUCAUCAUGUCGCCCGUCUUCAUCCUGCUUCAGCUCCUCAUGAUCCGCGCCUGCCGAGUCAAUUAGCAGCAGCAGGAGGAGGAGGAGGAGGAGGAGGCGCUUCCCACUGGCAGCCUUGGCAGGAAUGACCGGGACUCUCCUGGAAGACCCUCUGACCGGCUGCGGCUGCUUCCUGGCACCGAGGACUGAAAGCUCACGUCAUGGUGGUGGUGGGGGAAGUGCUGCGGGGGCAGAGAAUUGCCCACACCGGAAGGAAGGUA